ACGUGGUGUGUCGCGGCGCGCCGAGUUGGUCCGGGGACGCGCGGCCUUCCGGCGGCCUGAGGGGGUGGCACGCUCUGGAGGAGGCGGCGCGCGCGGAGAUGCCCCGCGGAGACCAGUCUCGUGGCUUGAAGAGAAAAAGAAAUUGGGAUGUAGAAUACCCAUCCUUUCCAGGAGAGAGUCCACUGCAGUGCAGACGAGCAGGUCUCAGGACCGUGGGGGCAGAAGCUUCCCUCUCUGAAGCAUGGCUCAGGUGUGGAGAAGGAUUUCAGGAGACUCCUGAGACUCUGUCAUUAACAGCUGAAAAGAAGACUACUACAGAAAAACACCUUGAAUUAUCCUCUGGACCCAAGACAGAACCUACCACAUCUAAGAGUACCAGUGGGCUUACAGCUAUAACAUGGAGUUCCAGUGGAAGUGAUCUGUCAGAUGAAGAUAAAACAAUUUUGAAAUCACAGAGAGAGAAUGGACAUGGUUCUAGAAUAGGCAGGUUUUAUAGCAGGAAUAUUUUCUCUCCAGAAGAUGGGGCCAGUGAAGAUGAUCUCCAGGUUAUUGACUGGGAGAUUGACAGUGACAGGGAAGAUACAUGUGAUGAAUUUGAAGACCGUGAGAGUGUGGUGGAAAUAUCUGACCGUGCUUCUUGUACAAGCAGUCGUUCUUUGACACCUCCAGAGAUGCUGCUUGAACUUCCUAAGACAAAUCCUACAGAAAUUUUAGAGUAUUCAUCAGAUAGUGAAAAAGAUGAUGAGUCGGAGAAUGUCUUGUUCAUUGAUUCAGAAUCCUCUCACAAAUACCACAUGGAUUUCGGAUCAGAUGGAAGACAGGUUAUGGAGAGACCGAUAAACCCUAGGGUAAAAUCUACAGAGGCCAUUUUGCAUACACCUCAGAAAGAGACAAAGCUUCCCAAGACUCCAGAAAAUUCAGCAAAGAAGAAGAAGCUUUUAAGAGGCGGGCUAGCAGAAAGACUAAAUGGACUGCAGAAUCGAGAGAGAUCUGCCGUUUCUUUGUGGAGACAUCAGUAUCUUUCUUACCAAAGGACACUUUCAGGUAUAAAAUCUGGUAUAUUAACUGUGAAAAUUCUAGAGCUUCUUGAGGAAUGCACCAUCCAAGUUGCAAUGUGUGAGCAGUUAUCGGGGCUGCAGGCUGACAGCUCUUCUCAGGGUGGGGCCCCUGGGACUGGCCUGAGGGUUCUCUUCGCCAAGGAGACUGCACGCUGCCUCCGGGGACUUCCACAAGACAUCAUCCGCAUCUACCCUCCCUGGCAAAAGCUUAUUAUCCCAAAUGGAAGUUGCCCUGUUAUUCUGAAUACUUAUUUUUGUCAGAAAGUUGUUGCCAAAGAAGAUUCAAAAACAACACAUGAAGUGCACAGUUGGGACACACCCCUUCCAAGAAGAAGCAUCAUUUUGGCCCAGAUGUUUAGAUUUAAGAGCCUAACAAAUAACUCACCUGAAAACCAGGUUAUGUGUGGUGGUCACACCACCGUGGGCACAGACUGGACCCUCAGACACGAACAAGCAGAGCUGGGCUUCCCCGCCCGAGCUCCCCUGAGGGAUUCUCUGCUGGAUGCAGUUGAAAGCCAAGGAGUUGCCACCUGGUCGGGAGCCGGGGUCCGGGUGGUGGUGCAGAGAGUUUACUCUCUUCGCUGCAGGUGUCAGCAGGCAGAUGGCACAGACCCUCCUGGAGUUCGAGUCUGCCUUCUCGUGCAAGAUGCCCUUGGACUCUUCAGUGAGGUGCACUCGGAGGGCGCCGUCCUGAAGGACAGGGAGUUGGAGGGCAAGUCCUGCAGGCUGGCGGGAAUGAAGGUUCUGCAAAAGGUCACCAGAGGAAGGAUGACAGAGCUUUUCAGUUUGAUUGACACCAUGUGGCCUCCAGUGGCGCCUCUGAAAGCACCAGGCCACGGGCCAGCCUUCGAGGAAAAAACUCAUCUGCCUCCUCCUAGCUUCUGUUACGUCCUCACUGCUCAUCCAAACCUGGGACAAAUUGAUGCAAUUGAAGAAGGCUCUAUUUCGAAGCUUUACCAGCCUCCGAUUCCCCGCUGCUUAAGAGAAAUUCUCCAGACGGAUGGCCCCUGUACCCGUUGCAGUUUCUAUGCCAGAGUGAUUUACCAAAGACCACAGGUAAACAGUUCGCUUCUGGAGCCAAGGGAGCUGUGGCUGGUGGUGACCGACGUUACUCUGCAAACACAGGACGAGGGCUCGGGUCUCCCCAAAACCAUGCCUGUGCGCGUGGCCCCCUCAUGCGUGCUGGGCCAGGAAGUCCGGGACGCGCUCUCUGAGGCCACCUCCAAGAACUUCUUCUUCAGGGAUGCUCUCCGAGACCAGGGUCAGCUUGUUUGUGUUGCACGAACUGUCCUCCUGCUUCCAAAGCCCCAGCUGGGUGUGGCCUCUGGUGCCUGGGAGCUGACGAGCCCUGUGAGCCUCGAUGAGCUGGAUUCUGUCACUCGGGUCAACUCCAUUUGCAGCGUCCAAGGCGCUGUGGUCGCCGUGGACGAGAGCACCGCCUGCUUGUGGCCUGCGUGUGACCUGUGUGGCGGUGAGAGACUGGAACGGAGGCCGGAAGACAGGGGCGCCUUCUCCUGUGGGGACUGCUCCCGCGUGGUCACCUCUCCCCUCCUCAGAAGGCACCUGCAGGUCUUCCUGGACUGCCCCUUGCGACCCCAGUGCACAGUGAGGGUCAAGCUGCUGCAGCACAGUAUCUCUUCGCUCCUGAGGUUUGCCGCCUGCGAGGACGGGGUUAUUUUCUGAUCGGUCUUGCAGUAGACAUACGAAUCUGUCCCCCAGCUUUGAUUAUGGUAAGUCGGUCUUGAGGUUUCAGGUUAAACCUCCUGCCAUGGUUUCACCUUAACAGGACAAUUACCUGAGAUGCACGUUUUUCUAAAUUGCUGGGUCUCUAGUCUGAGUGCCUGGAAACUUGACUUUCACUUCUCACAUCUGCCCUGUUACUGUGGUGAGCUUUGUAAAGAGGUGUGAGGUGUGCUCCUCAAAGAAAGCACCGCCUGAGCACACAUACCUUACCUUUGGUCCUCACAUAAACGAGAGAGGUCUGUCCUUGUCAGAGCCAUUUGAAAGCCCCGCAAGUGGCCUGUGGAAUCGCUGAGCCCUGGAGAGAGUGCUGUGUCUGUGCCCUGCUGGGAUCCACAGCCAGGUGGCAGAUAUGGGCCAGCUCGUGAGACUGCUGUGAAAGGGGAGGCUCACACUUGCAGAACUUUGUGAUGGGUUCCCGAAGCGAAAUGCCAGCUCUGAUGCCAGCCCGAAUUUGGAGGCUCCCAGGCUGCUCUCCCGGCCACUUGCCAGUCCUGUCCCAGCCCGUCCUGGGCUUGGGGUGUCGGGGGAAAAGCAGCCCUUAACACUCUUUCAUGUGCACCGGAUGUCAGAGUUCGGAGUAAAUUGGAAUGUGGACAAAUCUGUGCACAGAACCUUUAAGGAUCCCUGGUCUGACUGUGGUUCCAGCUCUCAUUCCUGGCCUCGCGCAUCUCUUGAGAGCAACUCGGUGACCCCGGCAGCGCAAACCUUUGUCCGGGGGGCUGCUGCGUGGUGGGGAUUGAUGUUUGAACCCUGCUGUAGGAGGGCUUAUAGACACAUGUGCCUGACUGUGUGACAGUCCGUGUCAGUAAGCGUGUGUGAUGCCUGGGCACCGUGCUGCCCGCUGUCCCCGUGCUGCCUCACCUCCUCCCCAGCAUCCCCGUGGGCGCAGCCCAUGCUGCCCGGGAGGCGUCGGGGUAGGCCCGCGGCACGCUCCCUGCUGGAUGCAGAGACACUGCAGAGCGGGGCCAUCGCUCUGCUCACCACCUGCAGGGUAGCCAGCCCGGGUAGGGCCCGCGGGGGCCUUGCAUGUGUUGCGCUCUCGUGGAGUCCUGCGUUUCACGGGUGGCGAGGCCGCGGUUCCUGGGACUGCGGGUGCUUAGGUGAGGUCGAUGGAGUGGGUUCCAAGGUGGGGCUGCAAACGGGCACUAAAGCCGGCAGAUCCGGGUCAUCGGAGAACACGUUCCUCUGGAGGAUGCUGGGGGAGUGCUGCUUAAGAACAGAGUGAAACGAACCCAGCAGAGCGCAUGGCUGAACGCCUGGGGACGGCACCCAGAGCACCUGCCGGCCCUGCGGUUACUCAGGCACCUGCCUCCCCUGGGCCCCCGGCUCCCAGGAGGGUGGCCCUCAGCCACCUGCUCCAUCCAGGGACCUGGCAGGAACCCGCGUUCACGUGUCGCUUUGGGUGGAGGCAGGCUGUGCCUCCCCCACAGUAAACUCCUGCUGCUCCUAGAGACACAAGAGGCGGGCGUGCGGCCCAGUUGGCGAGCGCCUCGGUGACCCUGCGUGGCUGCUCUGCUGUCAGAGGCGAGGCCGGUAGGACUGGGGGGGCGCCGAGCUCCUAAGCCCCCGCUACCGCCCCCCGGUCUAUGCCCGGUGGAUUCUCAGGCUUUACGCUGACCUGGAGGGAAGCGGACACCUUCCUUCCUACCUGUAGGAGACCUCCCGGGGGCAUCGGCCACGAGGCUCAUCUGGAUUCUGUCGGUUUUCAGGAUGAGAAGGUACAUCCGCCAAAAUCCAGAGAAUCAGAUGACUUUACACGAGAACCGCGGCUCCACUCCCGGAACAAAAUGUGCUGCUUCCGGGCCGGCACACACACGUGCCUUUAAAAUAGAGGCACAUUUUACACACGUGCGUUCGUAUGACCGGCACAUGUGAGUUUACUGGUGUGAUUGUUUUAACUUCUCCGUCUUAACUUCUCCCCAAUAUAAUGUAUAGUGUAAUGUCCAUUUAUAAACGAGACAGUUAUUAUCAAAAACUGUAGUUGCCAACCCUGACACUUUAAAAAGAGGGUUUCUGCAGACUUUUCUUCCAACGCCAAGGCCCGUGCUCGUACCCAGCCGCCUGGGCCCACACCCACGCGCAGGUGCAGCCCUCAGUAGCCAGCCCGGGUAGAAGCCCUGGGAGUGACCUUGACGUCUUGGCCGCGGGAGGCCUCCCCACCGUCCAGUUGCAUCCUCUCCUUCCCUCUCUCUGCCUGCCUGGACUGGCGACUCUCAGCCCUGCUUCACCUGGCGUGCCACCAGGAAAGCCGCAGCUCCCUGCAAGCCACGGUGGGGAGGCCGUGCCUGUCUCGUACGCGGGAAGACAGCCACGGCGGUGAGCUGGCUUUAGGGCAGCGUCCACAUCCCAGACCGAUCUGGACACUUACUGCUUCAGAAUGAGCCGUCUCAAGGCUCGGUGCUUCCACACCGACUCUGCACACAGACCUGCAGUCUGGACGAGGCUCCAUGGGGCAGCAGCUGGUGCCCCAAAGCUGGGCUGGUGUCCCAGGAGGCCCUUCAGUCCCCGGCUGGCUGCUGUGCUCCUGUCGGCUGGGACCUUCCUGGGCUCUGGCCAGACACCCACACGGCCUGGACGCCCUCACAGCAUGUGACUGGGUCCCGAGCCGGGCAGAAGAUGGGCCCCGGUCCUGACAGAGCCUGGGACACACUCAGUGCCCCUCCCCUCCCACUCUGUUCACGAGAAGCCAGUUGGCCGCCCAGCCUGGACCCAGGGGUAGGGCAGCGAGGUGCCUGUCAAGGAGCUACAGACGUGCCAGCUUUGGCCAUGUUGUCUGACACCCGCCCCCCCCCCCCCCCGAGUCCCCUCUGCCAAGACACUAAUGGUGGAGGGGCGAGUUAGCAGUGAGCUCAGUCACCACAGACGCCCGUCAAGUGUCUGGCACAGAGGAGGGCUGAGAGGUACUCCUGACGUUACUCUGCAAGUGGCAGCAAAGGAGUUUCCGAAAGAACACGUGACCUUCUAGGGCUUCAGUCUCCAAAGACCAAUAAACCUCUAUUUUCAGCCCCACCCCCAGAAGAAACUGUUCUGAGGUGUGAUCCACGGAGGCCAGGAGGGCACAGCACACCUUCCCAGCCUGCUCACCUGGGGCCCCUGCCGCCCGUGGCUCUGCAUUCCCGUGUAGAGACGAAACUUGCCCACAAUUCACCAGUUCCCUAAGACAAUUCGUCCAACAAUGUGAAGGAAAGGCUUUCUGUGGCAUAGGAAGAGGUGUUCAGCUCAGUGCAACUCUGGGAGAAAUGGGAUCCUGUUAAGGAGGGAAGUUUGGGGCAAAGGAAGUCCUUUGACCAGAAGUGUUGCUCAAGUGGGGAAGUGGGAUGCAGCAGCAGGCGUGAUGUGUGCCUCCUGCUGGGACGCAGGGCACGGCCCUUCCCAUGUGUUCCCCCCCCCCAGUUUCUCUCCUAGGACGGCCAGCUGGGAGAUGCACAUCCUUGCACCCACUACAAACAUCGAUCACAGAUACUUUUAAUGUUCUUGUGUAAAAACUAGCUCGGGGGCUUCCCUGGUGGUGCAGUGGUUGGGAAUCCGCCUGCCGAUGCGGGGGACACGGGUUUGUGCCCCGGUCCAGGAAGAUCCCACAUGCCACGGAGCGGCUGGGCCCGUGAGCCAUGGCCGCUGAGCCUGCGCGUCCAGAGCCUGUGCUCCGCAACGGGAGAGGCCACAACAGGGAGAGGCCCGCGUACCGAGAAAAAAAAAAAAAAAAAAAAACUCGGCUACCAGAAAAAAGCACUUCCUUCCUUUGCUUUUGCUGCAGCCUGUUCUCUCCUCUGGAGAGGGGUGGAGAGGGGUCAUGGGCCGGGGAAGGGCCUAAUGCUCUGUCUUUGGUGUCCUUAGCCGAUGGGAACAGCACGCCCAGGGCUGUUUGCUUUAACCAGCCUGCCUCUUAUCCCUGCAGAGUUACGAGGUGAGGAGUGUCCUUGGAAAGGAGGUGGGGCCAAUAACCUGUUUCGUCCGGUCCAUCACCACCCGCCCGGCCAGCUGCGUGGGAUUGGAGGAGGUGGAACUCCUGAGCGAGGGGGGAGCCUCUUCAGCACACGGG